ACAAAGCAACUGAUAAAGCAACUAAUAAAGUAGCAGACAUGGUCGUGCGUCAGAUCGAUUUCAUGCGAGCGCAUGAUUCUUCAAUAAUUAAUAUGACGUCACCUAAUCCGACAUUUAAUGGCAUGUUUUUCGGAAUUGGUGUUGCUGCGGGUAUAAUUGUCAUCAUCUUUUUAGCCUUUGCUGGAUUUUUGUUAUAUAGGAGAUUUAAACCAAAAUACAUUCCGACACCUGGUAGCGAUCAAAGACCGCGAUCUGAAGAAUAA